AUGAUCGAACUAGGAACCUACACCAAACCACUAGCCUACCUAGGCCUCUUCACCCUAGGAAAAAACCUCCUCUCCAUAACCCGCCAAGCAACCAACUUCCUCCUCCCCAGUACCCUCCUCCAACGCUACAACCCCACACAAAAAAACUGGGCCCUCGUCACCGGCGCAACAGACGGAAUAGGUUUCGGCUUUGCACAAGAACUCUGCGCACGCGGGUUCAACGUUAUCCUACACGGGCGGAACAGCUCGAAACUCCAACGUCGUCGUCGCGAACUCGAGGCGCUCUUCCCCGCAGUUCAUGUCGCCGUGCUUGUGCGCGAUGCGCAGAAUUUGACCGCGGAUAUCGAUGAUGUCGAUGCGGAAGUGCGCGAUAUUAUUCGGAGUAAUGGGACUGUCGGUUCCCAGGGCGGGUUGACUGUUCUUAUUAAUAAUGUUGGUGGUGAGACUAAGCCUGCUACGCUCCUUAAGGAGUAUACCUAUCAGGAUGUGCAAGACACUCUUUCGCGGAAUGCGACUUUCGCUUUUCAUAUUACGCGUGUUCUGGCUGAACAGUUGGAAGAGAAUGCGCCUGGUCUUGUGAUGAAUGUUUCUUCUGUUGCUGCGCUUGGAUUGCCAUAUCUCAGUACUUAUAGCGCUAGUAAGGGUUUUGUGGAUUCGUUUACUAAGUCGCUGCGCGCUGAGUUUGCCGCUGAAGGGAAGGAGGUUGAGGUGAUGGGACUGCGAGUUGCGGAGGUCAGCACUCCUGGGUAUGAUGUGAAGGCUAAUCUGUUUAUUCCUGAGGCGAGAGUGCUAGCUGCUGCUGGCUUGGAUCGGGUUGGCUGUGGACAGGAUAUUGUAUGGGCUUAUUUCUGGCAUUGGUUGCAGGGCUUGUCGUUUGAGUAUCUACCGCACUCGAUGUUGAUGAAGAUUGCUGCGAUGAAGAUCAAGGCAAUCAGAGCAGAUCAAGAGGCUAAGGCGAAAAGUAGCUGA